UUAACUGUUGCCGCCAGAAGCGGAAGUCACCUACAGAUCCCGGAAGCUGACCGGCUGCUGCUGUUUUCGUUACAGCACUUGUCAGUGAUCGGUGUCUCUGGUUACCAGGGAGACCGAGGUCACAGGGAGUCAGAUGGCAGCGGACGAGAAGAUGGAGGUGACGGUGAAGACCCUGGACUCACAGACGCGGACGUUCACUGUGGAUGCAGAGAUCACUGUGAAGGACUUCAAGGAUCACAUCUCCUCGUCUGUCGGCAUUCCCUCCGAGAAGCAGCGGCUCAUAUAUCAGGGUCGGGUACUGCAGGAAGAUAAGAAGCUGAAGGAGUACAAUGUGGAUGGGAAAGUUAUUCACCUGGUGGAACGAGCUCCACCUCAGACACAGAGCCCAGCAGGGGGCGCCUCGUCCUCCUCCGGCACAUCCUCUACUGCCAGCACCAGCGCAGCAGGGGGCCCAGGGGCCGGGGGGCCCGAGAGGAACGGAAACAGCUACGUAAUGGUGGGAGCCUUCAACCUACCGCACGUCAUGUCCGGGCUCGGCGAGGCCGGCAGAGCUCCCCGCGUCUCCACAGUCACCGGGAAUGAUGGCUCCUCUCUUGAUGUCCAUAUAAACUUGGAUCAGCCGCUGCCCAUCCAGAGUGAGCCACGCGUCCGCCUCGUUCUGGCACAACACAUGCUGCAAGAUAUACAGUCCAUACUGGACCGGCUAGAGCAGUCGGGUAAUGAUCCAUCUUCAGAGCCCAUGGAGACGUCUGGAUCAGAAGGUGAAUCUGGCAGUCGGGAUCCACAAUCCCAAGGAGCCCCUGCUAAUGAAGGAGCGGCUGGCGCAGCCUCCUCCAGUCACCCCACCCCCGCUGAGUAUGCUGAGGUGCUCCAGUCUUUGUCCAGGGUGGAGGAACGUCUCGCCCCUUUCUCGGAACGCUACAGGGAGAUCAUCAAUAAUGCCACAAAUGGAGUCUAUGAGAAUGAUGACCGGGAGCAGGCUCAGCGCGUCCUUAACCUCGUCGGUGAAUGUCUCCGUCUCCUGGGAAACGCUCUGGUUGCGGUGUCUGACCUGCGUUGCAAUCUGUCGACGGCUGCUCCCCGACACAUGCACGUUGUCCGUCCCAUGUCGCACUACGGCGGCCCCAUGUUACUCCAGCAAGCCGCCAUUCCCAUCCAGAUCAAUGUUGGCACCACAGUCACAAUGACGGGCAACGGAGCCCACGCCGGCCAGGCCACCUCUGAUAGCUCCUCCACACCUUCAGCUCCCACCUCCGAGCAGCCCCGAGCAAGCGGUGAGGGCCAGGCCACCCCCACGACUGGGGAAUCCACACCAUCCCAGGCACCACCUGCUCCCACUCCUCCACCGCACCCACGUGUUAUACGUAUCACACACCAGACGGUGGAGCCGGUUAUGAUGAUGAUGAACAUCCAGGACUCGGGAUCCGGUGGCUCAUCAAACAUUCCCCCGACAUCAGCAGCUCACGGUGCUGGGACUCAUAUACACAUGCCAGGACUGCCUCCGGAGUUCAUGCAAGCCAUUUCCCAUCAGAUCACCCAGCAAGCUAUGGCGGCUGCUUCAGGACAGCAGAUGCCCGGCUUCCAAGCUCAGCCCCCUCGAUUUGUCUUCACAAGACCAGGUGCCCCACCACAUCCUCCCCAAACCGGAACCACCGCCCCUCCUCCAGGAACUGGAGGACAGGCAGGAACGGGACCUGGAACAACGGCCGCUCCGACCUCCCUGACUCAGAUGAUCAGUGGUUUAGUGGGCCAGCUUCUCAUGCACCCCGUCAUUGUAGCUCAGAGUGGCGGCACGGCUACCACCUCGUCCGCAUCCACCACCACUGCCGCCACCACCACCACUUCCAGCACUCCUACGGCACCUUCCACUCCUGCCCCGCCAUCUUCUCAGCCCCCUCCUGGACCAGAGCAACAGCUUACACAGCUGCUGGGCUCAUUACUGGGCACCGCCAGCUCUGGGGUGGCAAACAUUGCCAUGGGCUCACCAAGCAUUGCAGUUGCCGUGCCUGGAAUGCCAGCAUUUCUACAAGGGGUCACCGAUAUAUUACAGGCAACACAGAACGUCCAGGUUUCCGCUACGCCACCCCAAUCAUUUACUGCACCCACGGCUGCCUCCCCCGCGCCUUCUCCUGCCUCCACCACCCCACCUCAAGCUGCUGCCGCAGAUACGCUCCCCCCUGAGUUCUUCACCAGCGUAGUCCAGGGCGUUCUGUCCUCCAUGCUGGGAUCCCUGAGUGCUGCAGAUCAGAGCGGGACAGAGAGCAUCGCAGCCUUCAUCCAACGCCUCAGCGGCUCCCACAACAUCUUCCAGCCAGACACUGAGGGUCCUGGAGGAUUCUUUGGGGACCUCUUGUCGCUCAUCUGCCACCACUUCUCGUUGGUGGAUAUGGUUAUGCUGUUACAUGGGCAGUCUCAACCACUGCAGAACCUGCAGCCUCAGCUUCGCUCCUUCUUCCUUCAGGAGUAUCUACAUCAGGCAGACCCAACCCCACAGAACAUCCAGAUGGCAUCACGAAAUCUUAUUAAUGGUCUGGAAGAAUACAUCAGAGAGAGCUUUGCCACAGCCCCGGUUCGGGAAGACGUGGACAUCACAAGAACAAACGUGGAGUUCCUGCAGGAGCAGUUUACCAGGAUCACCACCCACAUUCUGCAUUGUGCCGACGCCACGUUCGGGCAGCGGCUCCUGGAGAUGUGCAAUCAGUCCCUGUUUGAGUGGCUCGCCCUCAACUUAUACUGUCUGCGGGGAGAUCAGAAUGCCCUCACGUCCGUCAUCAAUGAGAGGAUUCGGCGACUGUCCCUGGACGUGUCUCCUGCAUUAGUUUCCUGGGUGACCUCGGUCCUGUCCCUGCGACUCCAAGUUCUACUGGGCCAAAUGCCUGUGACCGAAGCAGAGGUGCAAAGACACGUGCGCAGAAUCGGAGACCCUCCCCCGGUCUCUGAAGCCGCUUCCCAGGAGCAGCCGAUGGAGACGUCACCAGGCGACAAUCAGCAGCCAUGUGCCUCCUCUCCGGCUCCCGCCACCACCGUGGAGGAGGUUCUCUUCCUACCUGCCCAGAGUUCAGCGCCAGCUCUGUGCCCAGACUUGGAGAUUCCCCCACAAGAAGAGGCUGGAUCCGAUCCCUGGGCAGCAGCUGUGCCUCCCGAAUGGGUCCCUGUUAUCAGGCAGGACAUACAGAGUCAAAGGAAGAUCAAGCAGCAGCCUCCUCUGAGCGACGCCUACCUGAGCGGGAUGCCAGCGAAGAGACGAAAAACUAUGCAGGGCGAGGGUCCCCACCUAUCCCUCUCAGAGGCUGUAAAUCGAGCUAUGAGAUAUACAGGAGCGAAACCGGAAACCAGUACAGAGAGUCUGCGGAGGGAGCUGGACAACAGUGAGGUCCAAGUGCGGUAUAGAGAGCAGCUUUGUCAAGACAUCCAGAAAAUCCUCCAAGAUAAUGAGUCCUACAGUCCCCAGAGAUUCCCAAACACACAGAGAGCAUUUCAAGGAGACCCCUAGAAACCCCCCCAAGUAUCCCUCAAUGUGAGCCUGACAAAUCCCCCUCGCCGUGUGCAUUUGGUUUCUCUGUCCUAAGCAUACCUCAGAUCUAUUGUAUUGAUUCUGUACUCCUUAGAGACUGAUACCUUUUCAUUGUGUUCUCCAAGUAAUGUCACUGUCGUGAACCCUGCGAUGCCACAGAAUGAGGAGCCGGGACCCCAGAGAUAAAACGGGAAGUCCAUUAGUGUCUGCUAAGCCUAUCAUGGAAUUACUCGCUACUCUGCCCAGAGAAAGUUUUACCCGCCCCUUUAAAUCGGAAGCAAUGCACAGUUCCUCUGCUCUCCCCCGAGAUCUUUAAAUAAAAUUCUUAGAUCA